GGCCCGGCCCGCCCUCACUGGCACUGGCCGACGUCCACGCCCGAGCUCAGCGGCCCCCACACCCCAGGGGAUCUCAUGAGCUCUCUGGGCUCACAGAUAAUGAAGUAUAUCUGGGGAGUAAAAACGGACUCGCAGCCACAGGCUGGCCAGCGAUGAGCUCGGGGCAGAGGGUCCAGCGGCGCCCACCCUCAGACACGCCAACCUUCACACGCCUCCCACGGACCGGAGACCGCACACUCUGACGCAGACCGGACCAGCGGGGGCUGAAGGAGAGACUCCUUUGGUACAAAAUUCAGUGACGCUUUCUAAGAAAACCGUAAAAAUCUGUAGCCAGCCACCGCGAUGCUUGUCACUGAGGAGCAUCUUAGAACAGCACUGGUUCUCCUGCCCUGUGUGAAAGAUGGUGGAGAAAAGCCGGGAAGGGCAAUAAAUGCCUGGAUUCUCACACCGUGACAAAGCGUGAGUGGAGGUGAGCAGCUCAGGAAGCAGCGAGGCCACGCGUGUCCUGAUGUGCUGGCGCGUGCCGCGUGGGCGUGCCAGGGAGCAGGGGUCGCCGCUGUUCCCACCAUCUGGGCCCCACGACUGACUUUCCCCCACAGCCCAGUGUGGGAGGGGCAGGGGGCCGUGGCUCCCAACUGUGGUGCCCGCGUGGGUAACGGGGCCACGCCAGCCGUGGCUCUCUCGGCAGCCCCACACUCUGCGCCCCAGGAGCAAAGGGGUGGCAGUGCCUUGACCUGUGCCCAGGCACAGGCUGUGGGCGGGUCCCCAGGCAGACACAGGAAGCUCCUGCCCGAACUCGGGGCCGCCAGCCUUGGCGCUGCUCCAACUUUCAUUUUCAUGAACAGAAAAAUUGAAACUCAGAUUCAGCGGAGCGUCACUGGUGGGAGGUGUGUCCACCUGCCAUGUGACGCUUCGCCUGUGCACAUAUAAAGGGAGUCCCUGGGCGGCAGGACAGCCACAGGCAGCGGCACCAUGUUCUUCGUCGAUCUCCUCCUGUUUGUGGUGAAGCUGCUCUGGAAGGUCCUGGCCGCCCUGGUGGGCAGCUUGGUCCCCUUGCCCGCCUGGCUGGUGGACACGGACAAGGGGCGGCGGCGGCGGCCCCGGAGAGGAGCCCAGGACACCAGCAGUGAGGACGAGGAGGAGGACAGCAGUGAGGAUGAUGAGCCUCUGACCCCCACCAGCGUCAACUACCACUUCACCCGCCAGUGCAACUACAAGUGCGGCUUCUGCUUCCACACGGCCAAGACGUCCUUCGUGCUGCCGCUGGAGGAGGCUCAGCGGGGCCUGCGGCUGCUGAAGGAGGCGGGCAUGGAGAAGAUCAACUUCUCGGGCGGGGAGCCGUUCCUCCACAACCGGGGCGAGUACCUGGGCCAGCUGGUGAAGUACUGCAAAGAGCGCCUGCGCCUGCCCAGCGUGAGCAUCGUCAGCAACGGGAGCCUGAUCCGAGAGAAGUGGUUCAUGGAUUACGGCAAAUACCUGGACAUCCUGGCCAUCUCCUGUGACAGCUUCAACGAGGACGUGAAUGUCCUCAUCGGCCGCGGGCAAGGGAAGAUAAACCACGUGGAGAACCUCCGGAAGCUGCGGAAGUGGUGCCGAGAUUACAGGGUGGCCUUCAAGAUCAACUCGGUCAUCACCCGCUUCAAUGUGGACGAGGACAUGAGAGAGCACAUCCUGGAGCUGAACCCCGUCCGCUGGAAGGUGUUCCAGUGCCUCCUCAUCGAGGGCGAGAACGUGGGAGAAGGGGCUCUGCGCGAGGCCGAGAAGUUCGUCAUCACCGAGGAGGAGUUCCAGGGGUUCCUGGACCGCCACCGCGACGUGUCCUGCCUGGUGCCCGAGUGCAACGACAAGAUGAAGGAUUCCUACCUGAUUCUGGAUGAAUACAUGCGCUUCCUGAACUGCCAAAAGGGGCGAAAGGACCCUUCUAAGUCCAUCCUGGAUGUCGGCGUGGAAGAAGCCAUCAAGUUCAGCGGCUUUGACGAAGAGGCAUUCCGCAAGCGCGGAGGGAAGUACGUGUGGAGCAAGGCGGACCUGAACCUGGACUGGUAGGGCUGGCAGGGAGCGGCCUCCCGUCCACCUGGGGCUCUCGCAGAGGCCCCUCUGGCUGCCAUCGUCUGCAGCGCCUCCUGCUGGCACUUCUCAGUGGCCCCAGAUUUGAUCUCUGGAUUCGCAUGAUAGCGGGUGGUGACCUGCGGUCCCGAACGCAUACUUGGGUAGCUGAACGCCUUGGGUAGUACAAACCCAGUAACUGCAGUUAGUUGGCUUGGUUUGGGGUUGGUUUCUUGAGCACUGUCACUGUGAUGCCCGCAUUUCCAUUUUUUCCUACUUUGUUCAUUUCAUAGUUCAAUUCUGUUCUGCUAAAUAUUGAGGUGCCGAUUUUCACAUCUGAAAAAAAUCACAAAAGGUCUCUCCUGAAAAUUUCUAAAUGUUGUAACACUGUCCCCUCCCCUGCCUUUAUGCCAUUGCAACCCGGGACUCUCUGUCCACAAGUUCACAGUCAGUCGGUAUGUUCCAGGCCUAGAAAGUAUCAUCUCAUCUGUCCUCAGGGAUCAGGCAGAAGGGGCCCGAGCGACUGCUGCUUGAAUGCACGCUCUCACUCUCUCUCUCUUGCUCUCCUUUUCCUUCCAAAGUACUUAGCAAAACCAAGGUACACUUUUCAUUUCAAGGUGAAGUGGGCCAGGCGUCUGUGCCUGGGUUGUUGUGUGAGCCCACUGUUCAGGCCGUGUGAGUAUGUGAGCAGGUGGCUGCCCCCACCCGCUGGACUGGCCCGAGCUCACGGCCAGAGUGGACAAGAGUGUGGUGAGGAGCCCAGGCCAACCUGGGCCUCAAGCCAGUGACACUUGGCACUGGAUCACGUUUCUCACGGAACUCCAAGCCACUUGAAGUCAAGCACGAUCUAGGUCAAAAUGACAGGGUCCCUGCCUCCCUCCUCCAGCCCCAGGAGGGAAACUGUCACUCAGACAGCGCCAGGGCCCCGAACUCUCUCCUGGCAGGAACAUCCAGGCAGCUUGUUUGUGUAGCCGGGACGGGGUCCCAGGGUCUGUAAAAUAAUGAUUUCCUGUCAUUCUUUCAAAGGGGCAAAAUCAUGGAAAAUUUUUUUCCCAAACAAAGGAAGAGCUAUUUUAACCCAGAGGCCUCUCCACGUGCUGUCCCAGGGUGACGGCCGGGCUGGCCAGCAAGUCCCCUUCCUGAUCUGUCUCUGAGACGUUGAUUUUGAAAGGUUUGCUUUUUUCCUCAGGAAACAUAUUCCUACUUCAAAUUUUGAGUCCUUCUAAUUCAGCUGAAGGGUUUCUGUCCCACUGAGUCCUCAUGCAUUUUCCACUUUAUACAUGGCUUGGAUACUCAUCAUUUAUCCACAGGAAAAAAGCACACCAACAAAUAAAACAGCUGCUGCGCCAAGGUGUUUAUGAAAAAAGAGAAAGGUCCCCCCUCUGGAUUUUGCUAGUAUCUAAGCUAUGAUGCUGCUGCUAUAAUCCAUACGAAUGUAAAAGAAUUCUUUUGACUUAGCAUGUGUGUAACUUGCCAACCUUCCCAGCAUUCCCAGGGGUGAGGGCAAAGAGAAAGAGCAGGCGUGGGUGACGCAGAAGGCCCGGUGAGGCACCAGCGGGGGUUCUGCCAGCGUCCUCCAAAACCCGAAUUCGCACCCCGGAUCCUCUGACGUAGGUGGACUUUCUCACGCUGCACAGGACUGUGUUUCUCUGUCCCCAAAGGGAAACAAAACAAAACAAGUUAAAAACAAGCUGCACAUCAGCAAUAAGCUACAGGACUUGAAUCCAUUUCCGGCUGCUGGUACUCUACUGCUCCCUCCCUGACGCCCUCGCGGAUGUACAGGGCUGUGUUCAGAAUCGUCCAAUGCUCAUCUUUUCUACUUGUCGCACUGCAAUGCACUUUACGUUUAAAUUAUAUAAUGCUUGGCUUUACUUUUUCUGUUUUAAGUAUGCAUCUCCAGCCUUAUGAAAUAUGCUCUUUUCAUCAGGAAAGCAAAUGGCCAAUGUAACCAAGGCAUCUCAGUCAAAGGGGGUAGGGCAGAUGUUUUGUGCGCCGUUAAUUAUCGCUGAAGUUGCAUUCUAAUGUUCUGAUUGGAAUUUUGUCUUAGGAAACAUCCAGACAUUAGUGAUCGCACAUCGGCUUUAAGAGCAUUAUCUCUGUUAUUUAGUGAUAAGUGAUAUGGAAUGUGCCUGUUACGUGUGAACAUGAGUGGGACCGUUGGGCCGAAUCAUCUGAAAUGCAGGCUGGUGUCGGGCUUCGGUCUGGAGUUUGGAAGCAAGCGGAGGGCCCCGCACGGAGGGCCGUGAAGCAACGCGGGCGAAUGGAGGCCCAGCGGGGCCCCUGGGCAGCCUCGGUCUGUCACACGGCCCAACCCUGUUGGAAAGACCGCGCCACCUGCUGUGAUUAGCGGGGGACAGCUUGCACCCUGAGAUUUUAGAGCUUGGUCUUUGGCGUGCCUCGGCGGUCCGAGGGGGUGGGGAGCUGUGCAUGUGUAUCUCAGAGCCCUUGUACGUGGCUCGGACAUAUUAUUCAUAUUCUAUAAGAUAUUCUAAUAUAUUAAACUUUCCCCAGCAUGACA